GUCACAGCAACUCUAGUGUCGCUUAAAAACCCUAGUGGGCGGCAAACCCUUGCGCCUUGUUCCGAGACUUCCCUCCGCUGUCUCUCUCCGCGGCCAGGGUUCCUUCUGGAAAAGUGGUAAAGUCAUCUGAAGGUGAAAAAGAUGGUUCUGAAGACAGAACUUUGCCGUUUUAGUGGUGCUAAGAUAUACCCAGGAAAGGGUAUCCGAUUUGUUCGAUCUGACUCCCAGGUAUUUCUUUUUGCCAACUCAAAAUGUAAGCUCUACUUCCACAACCGCCUGAAGCCUGCGAAGCUUACCUGGACAGCUAUGUACAGGAAGCAACACAAGAAGGAUCUUCAUGCUGAAACCAUUAAAAAGAGACGUCGAACAACAAAGAAACCAUAUUCAAGAUCAAUUGUUGGUGCUACCCUGGAAGUUAUUCAAAAGAGGAGAACUGAGAAACCUGAGGUUCGCGAUGCUGCAAGAGAAGCAGCUCUUCGUGAGAUUAAGGAGCGUAUAAAGAAGACCAAGGAUGAAAAGAAAGCUAAGAAGGCAGAACUGAUGGCUAAAACCCAGAAGAUCCAGACAAAGGGCGGUAGCAUGGGUAAGGCUCCUAAAGGCCCAAAGCUUGGUGGUGGUGGUGGGAAGCGUUGAAGUCCGUAACUUUGCUGAUUUCUCCUAUUUUUGCUUUGUCAGUUGUAUUUUUGCAAAACUAACUUUAUUCGAUUUUUCUUCUCAGUCCCAUGAGAAACAUUAUUUGAAGCACUUUGCUUUGUCGUUAUUUCAUUGCCUACUGUUUUCGACGGUACUGGUGAUUUUUUCUGCACAGCAGCAGGGGCUGGUUGAGCUAUUAGGGCUGAUGAGCGAUUUGGCUGUUGAUACUAAUUUGUACUGUAGUUCGUAGACUUUUAGUUCCUUCAGAAUUUUUAUGAUGGCGAAUUGAGUAACAUCUUGGGUACAGUUUGGAUGA